CUGGUCAGGGGAAGAGGAACACACGGGCGGCGACGCCGUCACGAUCCGCACCCGCGAUUUGCCCCCCUUCUCCGCUUCCCCCCGCCCGUUCGCCUCGCGGGAAAUCGCGCGCCGCGACGCCCGGAUCGCCUGGAUCCGACCGCGGAAUCGGCGGGCGGCAGCCUCCCGACCCACCUGCGCGGCCGCUUGGGCGAUUCGUCGGCUCAGAUAAUAGACUCGACGUGUGGAUCCCUGGAAGUUUGAUCUCAUUGAUUUAGAUUGAAGUGCCAACCUUUAGGUCAGUAUUGUUUGGCCUCAUUGGUGCUAGCUGCCUGCUAGCUGAAGGAAGGUGAUGCUGGAUGAUGCUGAGGGGCUUUGAAAGCAUACUGGUUCGAAGUGUUAUUCGCCACCAUGAGGGUUAACAUUGGGCUCAUAGUGCCUGUGAUGGCACAAUACUCUGCGCCCACAUGGGCUACUAUAGUUGCAGGGCUCUUCACGCUGGUUGCGCUUUCGCUCUCCAUGUACCUGAUAUUCGAGCAUCUCUCGGCCUACAACAAUCCGGAGGAACAGAAAUUUGUACUGGGUGUUAUCCUCAUGGUCCCUUGCUACGCAAUUGAGUCGUAUAUUUCUUUGAUAAAUCCAAAUACGAGUGUUUACUGUGGCAUCCUGCGUGAUGGUUACGAAGCAUUUGCAAUGUACUGCUUCGGAAGAUAUAUUACUGCAUGUUUAGGUGGGGAAGAUAAAACGAUAGCUUUUUUAAAGAGGGAGGGUGGCUCAGGUUCUGGACAACCUCUACUGCAUCAUGCCUCUGAGAAGGGAAUCAUACACCAUCAUUUUCCUGUAAAUUUUAUAUUGAAACCGUGGAGACUGGGGACGCGGUUCUACCUGAUUAUCAAAUUUGGAAUCUUCCAAUAUAUGAUCAUAAAGACCCUAACAGCUAGCUUAUCUCUUCUUCUAGAACCUUUUGGUGUCUAUUGUGAAGGAGAAUUCAAUUUACGAUGUGGGUACCCUUACUUUGCUGCAGUUCUCAACUUCAGUCAAUAUUGGGCCCUGUACUGUCUUGUAGCAUGGUACACAGCUACAAAGGAUGAAUUGGCACCUAUAAAGCCUCUCGCUAAGUUUCUUUCUUUCAAAUCUAUAGUAUUCUUGACUUGGUGGCAAGGUGUGGUGAUUGCAAUAUUGUAUGCUCUGGGCCUUCUUAGAAGUCCUUUAGCCCAGAGCUUGGAGUUAAAAUCAAGCAUUCAAAACUUCAUUAUUUGCAUAGAGAUGGGCAUUGCUUCAGCUGUUCACCUCUAUGUGUUCCCAGCCAAGCCCUAUGCACUUUUAGCUAAUCAGUCACCUGGAAACAUAUCUGUACUUGGGGAUUAUGUAUCCUCUGAUCCUGUGGACCCUUUUGAAAUUAAGGAAAGCAACCGGCCCACUAAAAUGAAGCUUCCACAGUUGGAACCAGAUGAGAGAAGCGUGACAAACAUAAAAGAAAGUGUUCGAGACUUUGUUGUCGGCAGUGGGGAAUAUGUGAUCAAGGAUUUCAAGUUCACUGUUAACCAAGCAGUAAGGCCAGUGGAGAAGCGCUUUGAUAAAUUGAUGAAAAAGAAGGACAAGCAUAAGAAAACCCAGGAUGACAACUGGGUGAGUGCAGCAACACCAGAGAGACCAAUUCGUGGGAUUGAUGAUCCAUUAUUAAGUGGGAGUGCUAGUGACAGCGGCGUCACGAAGGGCAAAAAACAUCACAGAGUUGUGAGCUCGAAUGCUGCUAUGGACAGCUGGGGAGGUGGUGAUCAGGCAUCUGAUGGGUACGAGAUCAGGGGUCGCCGCUGGGCUGUAAAGAACUAACGAUUCUACUUUGCAGGAUUGGUGAAUUCAAACCAACAUCACGUUGAAAAAAGACACUGAUACGUUUGCUGGUAAACUCGCUGGGAAAGUGCUUCUGCUACAGAGUCUUGUGUAGAUAGCUGACAGAUAGCCUCUGUGCAGAGGUUACUAAUUUUUCUUUUUAAAUUUUGGCCAACUCAUAUUGAUAUUUGGUAUUGCAAAAUCUAAGAAUGAACUUUUCUUUCUUUAGAGAUGGAAGCGCCUCUUCUUGCGUGAUUGUCUCCAUUGGAACUGAUUUUAUAGUGUUGUAACAUGGAGUACUAUAGUCCAUGCAUACACUGCGUGCAUAAGAGAAGCGCCGAAAGUAUGCUACCUUGAACGCCAGAAUAACAGUGAAUAAAACGAUGAAAUUGUGUUUUUUUA